AUGAAUGCUGUACUACUUGUCGGCCUGUUUUGUGCAUUUUUAUUCCUCUGUAACGCCUCACCGAUUUCCCACGAUGUUGUUGAUGUUGUCUCCGAAGACAAGAGGUCGCAACGGAUAAAGCGUUAUGGUGGCUUCGGACGUGGAUUCGGCGGUUUCGGCGGCGGCUAUCCUGGCUAUGGUGGAUUUGGCGGCGGCUAUCCAGGAUCUGGCGGUUUUGGCGGCGGCUAUCCAGGAUCUGGCGGUUUGGUGGCGGCUAUCCAGGCUUCGGCGGUGGAUUUCCUGGAUUUGGUAGCAGCUACGGCAGCAGUUUGGGGCUCAGCUCAAGCUUGA